AUGAGGCCUGAGAACCAGAGCAGCGUGUCCCACUUCCUCCUGCGGGGGCUCCCCAUCCGGCCCGAGCAGCAGGGCGCGUUCUUCGCCCUGUUCCUGGCCAUGUACCUGACCACGGUGCUGGGGAACCUGCUCCUUAUCCUGCUCAUCAGGCUGGACGCUCGCCUGCACACGCCCAUGUACUUCUUCCUCAGCCACUUGGCCUGCUCUGACGUUGCUGUUUCAUCUGUCACCGUCCCUAAGAUGCUCAUGAACAUGCAGACUCAGGACCAAUCCAUCCCCUAUGCAGGGUGCAUUUUUCUGUAUUUUUUCAUAGUUUUUGGUGCUUUUGACAAUCUCCUUCUAGCAGUGAUGGCAUAUGACAGGUACGUGGCCGUCUGUCACCCUCUACACUACCCCAGCAUCAUGAGGGAGGAGCUGUGUGUGACGCUGGUGGCUGGCUCCUGGGUUGUCUCCUUUGUCCAUGCCCUCUUGCACACCCUCCUAUUGGUCCGACUCAUGAAGCCUGAGAACCAGAGCAGCGUGUCCCAUUUCCUCCUGCAGGGGCUCCCCAUCCGGCCCGAGCAGCAGGGCGCGUUCUUCGCCCUGUUCCUGGGCAUGUACCUGACCACGGUGCUGGGGAAUCUGCUCAUCAUCCUGCUCAUCAGGCUGGACGCUCGCCUGCACACGCCCAUGUACUUCUUCCUCAGCCACUUGGCCCUCACUGACGUCUCCUUUUCAUCUGUCACCGUCCCUAAGAUGCUCAUGGACAUGCAGACUAAGUACAAAUCCAUCCCCUAUGCAGGGUGCAUUUCACAGAUGUAUUUUUUCAUAUUUUUCACUGACCUGGACAGCUUCCUGAUUACAGCAAUGGCAUAUGACCGAUAUGUUGCCAUCUGUCACCCGCUUCACUACACCAUCAUCAUGAGGGAAGAGCUGUGUGCUUUCCUAGUGGCUGUGUCCUGGAUCCUGUCUUGUGCCAGCUCCCUGACCCACACCCUCCUCCUGACCCAGGUAUCCUUCUGUGCUGCUAACACCAUCCCCCAUUUCUUCUGUGACCUUGGAGCCCUGCUCAAGCUGUCCUGCUCAGACAUCUUUCUCAAUGAGUUGGUCAUGUUCACAGUAGGGGUGGUGGUCAUUACCCUGCCAUUUAUAUGCAUCCUGGUAUCUUAUGGCUAUAUUGGGGCCAACAUCAUGAGGGUCCCUUCAACCAAGGGCAUCUGCAAAGCCUUGUCCACAUGUGGGUCUCACCUUUCAGUGGUGUCUCUGUACUACGGGGCAAUAUUUGGGCAGUACCUUCUCCCAACAUUAAGCAGUUUCAUCGACAAGGACAUUAUUGUGGCUCUCAUGUACACAGUGGUCACACCCAUGCUGAACCCCUUUAUCUACAGCCUUAGGAACAGGGACAUGAAAGAGGCUCUUGGGAAACUUCUCCGUAGAGCAACAUUUUGCUCACACUGA